AUGGGUAUCUCAGGAAGAUGGCUUAAAGUCUUGUUGGGAUCAAAGAAGCAACAAGUGCCGAAAACUUUGAAGAAGGAUGAGAAUGUGGGUAGCACUUCUUUACAUGCAUUUUUUCCCGUAAAUGAUGAGAAUAUUCUUUCGUAGUAUUUAUUCUUGAACUGUAUGCACUCUUUUUACUGGACUGAAGUUAUUCGUGGGUAUUCCUAUUAUGCCAUUAUCUUAGUCCUGCCCUCUUUUCUCUCUCAAAAUUUUGUUGCAAAACUAGCUUGUUAGUUGGCUAUUCUUCAAAUUUCUGAUUGGUCCUUGGCUUCAUAUCUACUGAACUUAAAAGGUUAGUAGCCUUUUGCUCUUGGAAACUCAAGAGGGCAUUUUGGUGGUGUUUUUCUGUUUAACAAAGCGUGGAUAUCUUUGCCAAGUGCGCAUGUUGUGAGCCGCUGACUUGAAUGUUCUAGAAUAUUGUAGAUGCUUUUGCAUAAUUGAUGAUCAACUUGUCUGUUACAGAAUAUUGUUGAUUUUGGUGGAAAAGUAAUAUCCCUUGCUCCUUUUGACUGCAGUUCAUGUCCGGAUCAUUUUCUGUUUAAUUCUAUGUGUUGCCUAUUUCUCUGAAUCUGUCUUCUUCUGUGUUCCAAUGCAUAUUCCAUAGAAUUGAUGGACGUUAUUUUGCUCUCAUUUUGCAUGUUUCCUAUAAGUUGGACUUUCAUAUCUAAAUGGCCUCAGUUCAUAAGCUGCAUCUCCCACGAUAUUCAAUGUUCUACCAUAGAUUAAUCACCUCCUCAAAGGAUCUCCCUUGGCUUAUAGCUUAGUUUGCAUGCCAGAAGGAGAGAUCUGUCGACAGUGGCAUCACUAUUUUGGGGCGAGGGCCAACUGCAGAAGGCUCUGCUGUGUUUGAUGGCAUUGCCGGAACUACUACACUUCCUAUCGAGGUUUCCAGUCUGUCUGAGCAAGAUAAGAAAGAAGAAUGGGCUACAACAGUAAUCCAAACAGCUUUUCGUGCAUUUCUGGUAAGAAUGCAUGUCAUGUGAUUUUAGCCUUCCGUAACUUUGUGCAUAUUUAGCCGACAUUAUUUUUGUGGACCAUUAUCUAAAUCAAAAGUAACUAUAUUUAUACAAUAAAUAAGCAUAUGGACAAUGUGUUAAUAUUACACAAAAUUUGAAAUACAUAUAAUAAUAUAAUAAAUAAGAUACAACAUGGACAAUGUGUUACCUUUUAUUCUGAAUAUUAUUUAUUUAUCGUGAGUAAUCAUUCACUUGUGAUAUGACCAUUACUAACUGUAGUAUUAUGUGUGAUAUGGCCUAUUUUAGAUCCUGAGUCUUUUAGGCUUUCCCAAAAAGGAUUAGCAAUGAAGGGACAAGCGUCCAUCACCAUGUGUUAUUGACAUAAUCCAUUUAUCAGCCGAUUAUAUGACAAAACUAAGCAUGCGAUGAUACUCAGCUUGUCUUAUCUUGUCCUGUCAGGCUAGGCGAGCAUUGCGUGCCUUGAAAGGGCUGGUAAGGCUUCAGGCCCUUGUUAGAGGGCAUGCUGUGAGAAAGCAAUCGGCAAUAACACUUCGCUGCAUGCAAGCCUUGGUCAGAGUUCAAGCCCGUGUUAGGGCAGGACGAGUAAGGACGACGUUGGUGAAUCAGUUAGGACAGCAGAAUAAUGAGCCACAAACCGUGAACGACGCUGAUGUGAAAGAGAUUGAGGUACAAAAUUCUGCAUCAAUGACACGCAGUUAUAAGUUGUCAGAAACAUUAACUUCCUACGACUGCCUUUAUUCGUAUUUGUCUCUUAUUAUGCUUCUGACGACAAGGGCGUGAGGUUAAAGAAGGAAACAUCUUGGCUGUCUCACUGUUGAUGCCUACUGCCACUUAUAUGUUUCGAACUCACAGAUUUUUUUUGAUGGUUCAGUGAUUUCUGGGAAUUCUCCUAGAUUUUCCUUGGAAGCUUUUUGUAAACAUCGAAAUUUCUUCGAAUUCCUCUUUCAUUCAUCACAUAACAUUCCAGAACCUGGGGUUGACCCUUUUUAUAUUUGCUGAUUUAAGUCAACUUCCGUGGCUGCUUGCCAGCGUCUCGUUCAGCGUGAGUCUGGCUUGCAAGCUGAGAGGGGUGAUCAUCGGUCAAUACAUUUGAAUCUAAGCCACUGCAGAUUAUAAGAUUCCUACCCCUUGAAGACGUAUUUUUAUCUGCUAUUUUCUUUUAAGCCUGUAGAAAAUGCGUCGCUAAACCUUUCUAAUAGUAAUUGCUCUUACGAUUUAAUGUAGGAAGGUUGGUGUGACAGUACAGGAUCUGUGGAAGACAUUCAAGCAAAGUUACUAAAGAGGCAAGAAGCUGCAGUUAAGCGAGAAAGAGCGAAAGCAUAUGCUUCAUCUCGUCAGGUGAGAAUUGCUGCUGGCAGUUACCGGUCAAUCUGACAUGAUUAUAUAUUGAGUAAUUUCAUAAGAUAUUAAUCUGUUAGUGACUAAAAUUGGAAAAAAUUGUUGUCAAUCUCUGAUUUAUGCUUGUGCGUUCGCCUAAACUAUUUGCCUAUUGGAAGUCUUGUUGGCGCAGUAAAAGCUGGUAAUCUUCCAUUAUUUGAAAUGAAUAUCUGCUCUGCGUUGUAAUCAGUUCCCACGCAACGAUUCAUUGUCUAUUUUGUGUUGGCUUUAUUCCAUCCUAGUGGCAUCUGGUCUGAAGUAUACAGACACAAUAGUUUCAUUAUCUUGGGGGGAUGGAUCGUGCAACUUUGAGGCUUGACUACACUAGCAGUUUGCAGAAUGAAGAGCAUUAUUAUACUUUGUCAUAAUGUCUUUGCAUGUAUCAUAUGGCCAUUAUUUAUAAUCCCAUAUGACUAUCCACGAAAACCAGCGAUUGUAAAGCAAGCUCGUCAUACUCCAUUGAUGACCAAAUGUUUCUGAGUUGGAUGGUCUAAGAACGAUGAAACAGUAUCAGAGAAAAAUGUUUCCCUUGGAUCUUAUGCAGUCCACGUAUGUUCUCUGUGUGGGAAACCCUAAUGAUUUUGUAAAAAUCCGGUACCAUGUGCUGAAGCACCACGAAAAAUCCAGAUUUAUUAAUACGAAAGAAAAUCUCUGAUUAUGGACAUGAGCCUAUGCCGCACAUAAUCAAUUGAUUUUGAGCUAGAUGGCCUGGUAAUUUUAGUACUGUUCAAUUGCCGAUCUGAAUAAAAAUUUUGUGGUUUUGCUUCUGAAAUCCGAGACAAACUCAAACUCAAACUCAAACUCUUCCCAUGGAUCAGACAAAUAACGUGAUUCAAACCCAUGAUAGGAUUGGAUAGGGCGUGCUUAACCAAGCCGCCAAUCGAAUUCUAUAUUCCUUACAUCUGCGGUGGGUUUCAAGCAUAUCUUCAGCACUUAUCUUCUCAAUUUUCAUCUGUUUCUCAUAUGGAGGUUUGCUCUUGAGCCACUCCCCCUCCGGUAGGUCAGAUACGAGGUGAUCCCGUUACUUCUGAACACUUUGCAGUGGCAGGCGGGCUUGAGGCGGCACUCAGCCCCCACCAGUUUCGAACCGCGUACUGAUGACUGGGGCUAUAAUUGGCUGGAGAGAUGGAUGGCUGUUCGCCCCUGGGAAAACCGUUUCCUUAAGAUAAGCUCGAAAGAUGGGGAGAAGACCCUCGACGAGGAAGGGCCGACGGAGGGGAUGGUGUCGACGAAGACGCAACAACUCAAGCAAGCUGGCAGGCGGCGGAUGUCGACCACACACUUGGGUGUUCGAACUCAGAGCUUGGGGCCUUCCCAUUCUGACGGAUCCUCCUCAUCGUACUCCCGCAAAUCUGCAGGCUUUAAAGCUACAUCUGCAGUGACAUCGGAGUUGAUGAAAUCGAAGAUGGCGUCGGAUGACGUUGAUAGAGCAGCUGGCCUGAAAAUCUCCGGGAGAGGAAGCCAUAUCGACAAGAGGAGCAACCCAAAAGGGAGGAGCAUGCAGCGAAAUCCCCAGCCUCGGAGGCGGUUGUCAUUACCGAGCAGCGGUGAGGAGGCUAGUCCACACUGCAAACCCAUGUCGCUGUGA